AUGUAUUUCAACGAGAGUCGCAUGUUGAAUCCUAUGGCGUUUGUGGGGAUGGGCGGUUUGGGCUCACUGGGAGUCGCUGGUGUUGGCCAAGUACCACAAGUGCAGGAACAUUUACUCGGCUGGAAUCAUCCACCGGAACACAUGGACAUCGUUCACCCCCAUUGGCGUGGAUUUUUAGCACCAGGGCGGUACUGGCACAUCGGUCUCGCUCUAAUUUACUUCAUGUUGCUCGUUAUGUCAUUCAUCGGCAACGGUUGCGUCGUUUGGAUAUUUAGCACAUCAAAACUAUUGCGAACUCCCUCGAACCUCUUUAUUAUAAAUUUGGCGUUAUUCGAUCUCGUGAUGGCGCUGGAGAUACCAAUGUUAAUAGCAAAUAGCUUUGUCGAGCGAAUGAUCGGUUGGAAUCUAGGUUGUGACAUUUAUGCAGCGCUCGGCAGUAUUUCCGGAAUUGGUUCGGCCAUUACUAAUGCGGCUAUUGCCUACGAUCGAUACAGGACUAUUUCCUGUCCAAUUGACGGAAGGCUAAACGGUAAGCAAGCUGCCGUUAUAGUGGCAUUCACAUGGUUCUGGUCGAUGCCUUUCACUAUUCUGCCCUUCGCCAAAAUUUGGGGCCGAUAUGCCACAGAGGGAUUUUUGACGACUUGCAGCUUCGAUUUUUUGACCGAUGAUCCGGAUACUAAAGUAUUCGUAGCUUCAAUUUUCUGCUGGUCUUAUUGCAUACCCAUGAGUUUAAUAAUUUACUUUUAUUCGCAAUUAAUUAAAUCCGUUAAGCGACACGAGAAAAUGCUUCGGGAGCAGGCUAAAAAAAUGAAUGUUAAAUCUCUGGUUUCCAAUCAAGAUAAAGAGAGAAGCGUCGAGAUGAGAAUAGCCAAAGUUGCCUUUACAAUCUUCUUUCUAUUUGUUUGUGCCUGGACACCGUACGCCGUUGUAACAAUGAUCGGUACAUUUGGCAACCGAGAAUUAAUAACUCCAUUUUCGAGUAUGCUCCCAGCCGUAUUUGCAAAGGUCGUAUCUUGCAUUGAUCCCUGGGUAUACGCAAUCAAUCAUCCAAGAUACCGACAGGAGCUAACGAAGCGUUGCCAAUGGAUGGGCAUCAACGAACCGGAUGGCAACGCUAGUACAACCGCAGAGACUGUUUCCGUAACGACGGAGAAGCUUAAAGCCGAUGACCCUUAAGCAUUAAGCAAAACGAGGGGUAGUCUACGGUUGGCAAAGGCGAGAUCUAUGAUUAUCGGCCACCACACGAUUAUUAUGACAGUAUCUCGCUACUUCUCAACCGUAGAUUAGACUGGAAUAAAAUAAAAGAAGCCAGACACAAAAAUCGAU